AUGCGAACUUUCUUUCCAACCCAAUAUGAAAACCAGGCGUUGGUUCCAGUGCCUGGGAGGAGUAGCAUGUUGCCAGCUGCCAAGAAAGAUCCUGAGGUGAAUCUUGAAAUAUCCCCUGUUGUUCGAGAUGUUAUGGAUUCUUCAACCUGUCAGUCUGACAUUGUGGCUCUUCAGCAAGCAGCUCACGAUUUUGUGAUCUUGGAGUGUGACGAUGGUUCCUUAUUCCGCAUGAAUGUGCCCCCAGUUACACAUUCUCCACAAGUGAAACGCUGCUUGGAGGGCCUGCAGGCAUGCUUACCAAAGGAUCUGAGCAUGCAUGUGGUAUGCAAGUGGUAUGUGUGCCGCAAUGCUCCAGGGCAAAUGAAUUCUCAAUGCAAAGAAUGGGAAGCAUUUGCUCUAUUCCUUGAGGGUCUCUUAGGCAUACCAAUUGCAAAAUGCUUGGAUGCCUCUGGAGGAUCUGCACCUCCAAAGAAGCCCCGUGGUUUGGAUCAUGGCUCACCAGAAGACUGGGAAUACCUUAUGGGUUCAACAUUUCACCAGUGUAUGUCCCAGGAUGCAGGUUUCCUGGAGUUUCUUGGCCUUCCCUGUACCUCUAGCCUGUCAUCUAUGACUUCCUUGGAAACAAGAGAGAUCUCAGGAAGUCUAGAGAUGCCUGGCUCACCCCUGGCCUCUCACCUUCCUGCUGUGUUCUUCGCCCUUCAUCUUGUUUAUGAAGAUAUGAAGCUGGAUACAGGCUACAGUGUGCAACUUCUCUCCAUGGGACGUUUACUUUCAGAGUUGGCAUCAGUUCUCACUCUACCUGUCUAUGUAGACCACUAUUGGCGAGACUUCCCCAGUGAACUUCCAAUGUCAAUGUCUGCCACUCCUUCCAAAACUUUUCAGUUUCCCCCUUACUUUACCCAAAAACCUCCAUCUGUCUUUCAUCAUCUACAGUCCAUCCUUCAAGAGAGCAUACAUGACUCAUAUCCCUACAUGACUGGUGUCAAUGUUCGCUCCAAGCAAAUAUUACAACUGUAUCAGAGCCUUGCAAAUGCUGAUGAAAAGAUUCCUCUUCUGAAGGAGAUCUCUACUCAACCAGCAUUUACAUCAUCCACUUAUUCCAUGGAUAUGGAUACUGGUGUAGUUAAUGAAAGAGUCACAGAUCCUGAGGUCAGGACUAUCGAGUUUAUGAUAUCUUUUGGUAUAACAAGACCAUUCCUGGCAAGCCUGCCCCCAGCUAUUUCUAUUCCCCUGCUCAACCUGCUGAAUGGUGUCCGGGCAAAACCCCCAGCAGAUUGGUCAUAUGAAGCAUAUGACUUGAUUGGUCGACCAGACCUGGCUUCCCUCAAGAGAUUCCAGGUCAAGAUCAAGUUCCAGGAAAGUGACAGGACCCGAAUCCUGGAGAGAGCAGGAGAACUGAAAGAUCUCAAGUCUGUGGACAAGGAAAGAGACCAAAAGGAUGGCAUGGAAGGCAUCAACUGGACAGCUAAGGUAACAGCGGCUUAUGGCACAGCAACUGAAAAGUCACUAUGCGAAUGGGGAAAAGAAAGUCGCAAUGAAGAAGCUGCAAGGGAAAGCACUGAAGGAAGAGGGGAGUUGGACAUGGCCAUGGGACAGAAGAGGCAGGAAAGAGGAUUAUGUAAAGACUGGGGAGUGAGAAGCAUACAUGUGGGACGUCUUCUGUGGAGCACAGAUCAGCGUUUGCUGGAGGCACUAACUCUGCUGAAGUCUUCUCAACCAGUCCUGGUUUCUAUUGAGAAGAAACAGGAGGAAAGUGACCAUGAUUUCUUGGAGGCCCAGGAACGUCAUUUGUAUGCCAUCUCCAUCCGCACAAUGGCCUUACCUCUUGGCAGAGGCUUAUUCACUUUGCGGACUGUGAGACCAGUGACAACCCAACCAUUACCCAUUGCACAGCUGUGCUUGAAGGGAAAGAUACCACCAGCAGGGAAAGUUAUUGACAUGAGCCACAUUGAAGUGCCACCAAAUCUUACUUUUUGGCCUCUAUUCCAUAAUGGGGUUGCUACAGGCCUCCAAGUUUCAACUGAUGCACCUGACAUUGUCUCCACCUGGAUUGUUUAUAAUAAACCCAAGCAUGGCAGUGAAAUAGCAGUGGAAUAUGCUGGCUUCCUCCUAGGUCUGGGUCUGAAUGGUCACUUGGCCAAGCUAAGUGAACUGAGCACACAUGACUACCUUGUCAAAGGGCAUGAAAUGACCACCAUUGCAAUUCUACUUGGCAAGGCUGCCUCUCAUAUUGGCAUGCAAGACAUGUCAGUAUGGAAGAUCCUGAGCCUUCAUCUUGAUCCAUUGAUCCCUCCUACAUCAAGUGACCUGGACAUCCCACAUAGUGUCCAAGUGGCAGCUCUCAUUGGCUUGGGCUUGAAUUAUAUGGAGAGUGCCAACCGAUUCAUGGCACACCUCCUCCUUAAAGAAAUUGGGAAACCACCUGGCCCUGAGAUGGAAAACUGUUGUGAUCGGGAAUCAUAUUCCCUUGCUGCUGGAUUGGCUUUGGGGAUGAUUGGGCUGGGAAAAGGGGAGGAAUUGGCUGGGAUUAUGGAGAAGGACUGGACUCAUAGCACCACUGACAUGCUCUACCAUUACAUGAUCGGAGGCCAUAAGAGGGAAGUUGGAGGAGGUUUGGCAUCAGAGAAGCUGAGAGGCAGUAGUUACCAGAUCAAGGAGGGUGAUUCAGUAAACAUUGACGUCACUAGUCCUGGAGCAACCCUGGCCUUAGGGCUCAUGUUCCUUAAGUCAGGCAACAAGGCAGUGGCUGAUUGGAUGUCACCUCCAGGCACACAGUUCCUGCUUGGAUUUGUCCGUCCAGAUUUUCUCCUCCUCCGAACUUUAGCUCGUUCCCUUAUCCUUUGGGAUGAGAUCCUUCCUGUAUCUGAAUGGAUCUCAGACCAGGUUCCCAAGUUUAUUCUUCCACAUGUACUUGUUCGUCCAGUUGAUCCUGCUUCUUCCAAUGUUGACUAUGAAGGCAUGAAACCCUUUCACUUGCUCUUCAACUCAAAUAGCCAAGCAUACUGCAACAUUGUUGCUGGAGCAUGCAUGGCCUUGGGGAUUCGAUUUGCCGGGACAGGGAACAGUGAUGCAUUUGAUGUCAUCCAUCAUCAUUGCCUCAUGUUUGCUGAACUCCUUCAAAAAUCUCUUUCUGAGUUGGCUGGGAAGUCCACCAUAGAAAAUUGCCUUGAUGUUACCCUCAUCUCUCUUGCCAUGGAUAAGAAGCUCCAGAAACGAGUCAGGCAAAUGCUAUACUGA